AUGCGAACUCGUUCUCAAUCGGGUAUCGUUAAACCUAUUCAUCGUUUGAACCUUCACACUGACAUACUCUCACCUAUUCCAAAAAAUCACAUCCAUGCCCUUCAAGACCCGUAUUGGAAAAAUGCCAUGUAUGAUGAAUAUAGUGCGCUUAUUAAAAAUAAUAUGUGGUCUGUUGUUCCUCGACCACCGGGGGUUAAUAUUGUUCGUUCUAUGUGGCUAUUUAAACACAAAUUCAAUGCAGAUGGCACUCUUAGCAUGUACAAAGCCCGUCUCAUGGAAAACGGUAAAAGCCAAGAACCGGGUAUUGAUUGUAUUGAAACUUUUAGUCCGGUUGUUAAACCUGCUACCAAUCGUACUGUUCUCAGCAUUGCAGUUUCUAGACAGUGUCCUGUUCACUAG